AGGAAGGAGGGAGCAGGAAAAAGGCGUCACUUCCGGCUGUAGCUCCUGACGUGUCCAAAACAGUUAUUGCACCGGCGUGUGGUGCGGUGUCGUGGGAUAUUUAUUAUUCGUUUUCUUAUUUUAUCUGAAACGUGGUGUCAAGAUGCUGGAUUUCUUCACCAUCUUCAGCAAAGGGGGGAUAGUGUUGUGGUGUUUUCAGGGUGCCGGGGUCAAAGAGUCUUUCACGGGGCCGGUCAACGCGUUGAUCCGCUCGGUGAUCCUCCAGGAGCGAAGUGGGAGCAACUCCUUCACUCAUGAGAGGCAAAGUCUGAAAUACAAGCUGGACAAUGAAUUUGAGUUGAUCUUUGUGGUGGGUUUUCAAAAUAUCCUCACGCUGACUUAUGUGGACAAGUUUAUAGAUGAUGUUCAGCUUCGUUUUCGGGAUCGCUACAAGAAUGAGCUGGUGCAGAAGGGAGCUCUGAUGCUUCUCAACAACAGCUUUGAGUUUGAGGACGACUUCCAGAGGAUUUUAAGGGAGGCGGAGGAGACCAGCAGGACUCGGAGCACCACCUACAUGCGGGCCUUUCAGGAGUCUGAGAAAUCCAAAAAAACUGUGAAGUCCAUGAUUGAGACGAAAGGUGGAGACAAAGGCAAGGAGCAGGGCGGCAAGAAGAGUAAAAGUUCCAAAAAAGAGCCUCCUGCCCCCGAGCCAGCCAAAGUGGAGAAACCUUCCCCCCCGGCCCAAAAGGCGGUUCAGAACGGGAACCAGGGUUUGACACCGGAGGAGAUCAUACAGAAGAAGAGGGAGGAAUUCAUCCGCAAACACACAGCAGGACCUACUGAAAAACCCAGUAAGUCCCCAAAGCCUCAGAAGCCGAGGGGGAAAACCAAACGGGUUUGGGACAACGGCGGCACAAACACUAAGGAGCUGGACUACAGCGCCAAGAACGGAGAUUCUCCUGGGGUUAACGACAAGGACCUGGAUGCACACAAUGACCUGGGAAUUCAGCAAAGUUCCAUGAAGGGAGACCUGCUUCCUGUGGACUAUGAGUCCAGCGAGGAAGAAGAGGUGGAGGAGGUAGUGGUCAACGAAGCAAGCAAACCAAGCUCCAAAAAGGGCGGCGGCUUUGGGGGAAUGUUUGGGAUGCUGAAGGGCUUGGUGGGCUCCAAGAGUUUGUCUCAGGAGGACAUGGAGCCGGUGCUGGAGAAGAUGAAGGAGCAUCUCAUCGCAAAGAAUGUCGCGGCCGAAAUUGCCUCCCAGCUGUGCGACUCUGUUGCCAAGAAACUGGAGGGCAAAGUGAUGGGCACGUUCACCACGGUGGCCUCAACGGUGAAGCAGGCCCUGCAGGACUCGCUGGUGCAGAUCCUGCAGCCCAAGCGGCGAGUGGACAUUUUGAGAGACGUGAUGGAGGCGCAGAGCCAGCGCCGGCCUUUUGUCAUCACUUUUUGUGGAGUCAACGGAGUGGGAAAGUCCACCAACCUGGCAAAGAUUUCCUACUGGCUGAUCGAGAACGGUUUCACCGUGCUGAUCGCCGCCUGCGACACCUUUCGUGCGGGGGCGGUGGAGCAGCUGCGCACUCAUCAGCGCCGCCUGAACGCUCUGCACCCGCCGGAGAAGCACGGAGGACAGCCCGUCGUUCAGCUGUACGAGAAGGGCUACGGGAAGGAUGCAGCCGGGAUCGCCAUGGAGGCCAUCGCUUACGCUCGCAACCAGGCGUUUGACGUGGUGCUGGUGGACACUGCGGGGAGGAUGCAGGACAACGCCCCCCUGAUGACGGCCCUGGCCAAACUCAUCGCAGUCAACAUGCCUGACCUGGUGCUGUUUGUGGGGGAGGCUCUGGUGGGCAAUGAAGCAGUUGACCAGCUGGUUAAGUUCAACCAGGCUUUAGCCGACCACUCCAUGUCAGAAAAGCCUCGUCUGAUUGAUGGCAUCGUGCUGACCAAGUUCGACACUAUUGAUGACAAGGUCGGCGCCGCCAUCUCCAUGACUUACAUCACAGGCCAGCCCAUCGUGUUCGUGGGCACCGGGCAGACCUACAACGACCUGCGCAGCCUCAACGCCCGGGCCGUGGUCGGCGCUCUCAUGAAGGCUUAAGAGCGGCGGCGCACUCUGCUGGCUCAUUACCGCCGCUCCGAAGCCAGUCGUCCGUGUUAGUCUCCCGUCUUCUCCUCCUGUUCUACCUUUUCUCUGGUUAAAAUCUGCCAAAUCAAACCACACGGGAUUGAAUUCUGCCAGUACGGGACAGCUGAUGGACACGUCCAGCUAAUCCAGAGGAGCCUCUUCUUUUCAUGGAUACAUAAUUUGGGCCAAAUGAAAAAAGAAAAAAACAAAGGAACCUCAGAUGAGUCUGGGUGAAGUCUCAUCCGUCUGUCUCUUACCGGCUCUCACAGUAAAGACUUUUCCUUUUUUGUCUGGGUUUGUUCCUCUUCAUGCUGAUGUGGUACAGACCUGAGCGACCGCAGUGCCUCAUCGCCUUCACUCACAUCCAAUAAGAACAUGGCAGCUCUGGUCACAAACCGCUGCGGUUGGGCAUUUGGUUGGAAGAUGCAGAUAAGCUCUUCUUUUUAUUUUUUAAGAUGAGAACUGGAAAGGCUUCGUCUGCAGCUUCACGGAAGGCAGAUGGAUUUAUUUCUGUUAGAAAAGACAGUAUUUUUGUCCAAAUAUCCAUAGAUUUAGGAUGUUUCUUUCAUUUAUUCAAUUAUAAGAAUACAAGUCUAAGAAAUCUAUAUAUUCAUGCCCCCUUUAAGUUGAUUUAGUGCAAUAAGAAAGACGAGAGUUGUACUGAAAAUCUGACCUAAUUUAUGAGAAUGUAAGCAUUUCCUAAUAAAGCUGCUAAAUGCUGAGUCAA